AUGCAUCUGGAGAAACUGGCAUUAAAAGGCUUUCAGCUUGGAUGGGGCUUUCGGAUAACAGGGAAGGUGUUGCUCGUCAUUUCGCUCACUGUUCGUGAGAGGAAUAUCUCGCAUGUGCUCGCUCAGACAGGAAACUUGUUGUUCUACGAAGGGAUCGAGGAGGAGCUGAGAGACUCCGGGCUGGAGGAGGAAACGGGGAAUUGGGCCAAUGUGGAGGAUGACUUCAAGUGGUUAAGAGCGGUGCAGUCUCCCAACUGGUCUGUGAUACCUGAGGAAGAACGUGUGCAAACCAAGAAUGCAUCAGAUACCACCGAGGAGCCAUGUGAAGAUAAACAACACAAGAAGAAGGAAACUUUGCUGCCCUGCGCCGCCGUGCUAAACCCCUUCGCCCGCGUCGACUUUGCUAACAAGAUCUGGAUCUGCCUCUCCAGCAACCACUUCUCCCCUCACUACGCUGGCAUCAGCGAGACCAACGUCCCCGGUGAGCUGUACCCCGAGUGCACCACCGUGGAGUACGCGCCCCCCCCCCCUCUCGAUGCCGCCGCGCCUCCGCCGCUUCCCGUCUUCCUCUUCGUCCUUGAUACCUGCCUCAUCGAGGAGGAGCUCGGCUACGUCCAGUCCGCCAUGCGCCGUGCCAUCGAUCUCCUACCGGACCAUGCCCUCGUUGGGCUUAUUACUUUCGGCACCCAGGUCCACCUCCACGAGCUGGGCUUCGCGGAUAUGUCGAAGAUCUACGUGUUUAGGGGAACCAAGGAGAUCUCAAGAGAGCAGAUCUUGGACCAGUUCGGACUUUCGGUAGCUGGUGUUCGCCAUGGUGCCGUUGCUGGAGCGCCAGGGUAUCUCAAGGGACCCCAGGGAAAUGGGUUGCAUCCUUGGACGUCCGUCAAUAGAUUCCUACUUCCCGCGUCCGACUGUGAAUAUACUCUCAAUUCUUUGCUAGAUGAGUUGCAGAGGAAUCAGUGGCCAGUGGAACCGGGGAAUCGUGAUUUGCGGUGCACGGGGGUUGCCCUCAGUGUCGCGGCUGGCUUACUAGGAGCAUGUACUGGUGGUACCGGAGCCCGAAUCAUAGCUUUGGUUGGUGGGCCUUGUACCGUUGGCCCUGGACUGAUUGUGUCAAACGAUCAAUCAGAGCCAGUUCGUUCACAUAAAGAUCUUGAUAAAGAUGCUGCUCCAUAUUUCCACAAAGCUGUUAAAUUUUAUGAUAAUCUUGCCAAGCAGCUGGUUAGCCAGGGCCAUGUUUUGGACCUUUUUGCUUCAGCACUUGAUCAGGACAUUCCUGAGUAUUUGGAAGGAUGCAGGUUUCUGCCAAAGCUUAACAAUGAACUUCCCAGUGAAAGAAAUUCUACCUACAAAGAAAGGUUCAGUAGCUUAGAAAAUCUGAUUCUUAUAAUGUUCGAGCAUGAUACAGUUCUGAUUCCUCCGGAGACAUCUUGGUUUGGAUAUUAUCCAGAUGGUGCCUUUAACCCAAUUUUGCCUCCACAACAGACUACCCUCUACACUGAAGACUGGAUUGGUCUAAAAACUUUGGAUGAUGCUGGGCGAGUCAAAUUUAUCAGUGUCAAAGGAAAUCAUCUCAGAAUCUCCCAAAGUGACAUGAAAAAGCAUAUCGUGCCAUACUUGGAGGAGAAACCAGAAAUGUUGAUAAAAAAAUGUCCCAUGUCAGAAUGGGUUUCAUCAGAUUGGAAUAUCCUGAUGAUGGACAGAAUGGAUCCGACAGAGGAGUCUCCUCUGCUUUUGUCCUUCAAGGGUGCUGACAUGUAAAUUGUUUGAUUCAAAACACCCCUCAUCCUAUGUUAUCUAUCUAGUUGGUUGAAAUGCCCCACGGUGGUAAGAAACCUGUGUAUUUAUACUUACCACGUGUUUCACGUUUUCUUUUUGAACUUUUCAUAUGCUGUCUAUAUUUUAACUUACUAUGAAGGUCACUACUACAAUUGUUAUCA